AUCAGAGCUUCAUCCAGCACUUGUGUGUGUGUUUCAUCUCUGCUCCUCUUCACUUUACAUUCACUCUCAAAGGUGCAGCUUUGUGGCCGAGACUCAGCGACUUGAGGCGACGCAGCAGUCGGCUUUCAUUGCAGCUAAUUCUCUGAAGUCGGUUUGUGUGUCCCAGCAGACCAGUUAGAUUCCAGUACACUGAUGUAACUGGGAGGGACGGAGCAUCGGAGAGACGGGGGAAUACAUGAUCAGGUUUACGCACCGACGGGAGUUUCACAUGGAAAACAUUUAUUGCUGCUGAUAGUGGAGGGACACACACUCACACUCACACUGAUCCACCCUGUGAGGCUGACGGACGCUCAGUUGAAGCUCUGAAGAUGAACUUGGCUCUGGUCCACGACAGACAGCACAUCAAGACGUUCUGGGAGAAGAAGAUCAACAAUGAAUGUGAAUACGCUGAGAACGAAGAGAAGAGGAAGAACCAGAGUGCACUCGCAAAGCUGAGGGAGGAGUGGACCGUGCGUCUGGACAACAGAACCAAACACCUGAAGAACGUCAGCGACAACUACCUGAAGAAGGCCAAGGUGGAGCAGACAGCUGAGCAGACAGCUGAGCAGACAUGAGACUGAACACACAGGGAUGAAGAUGAUGAAGAUGAUGAUGAUGAUGAUAAUGAUGAUGGUGAUGAUGAAGAUAAACUGUGACACUGUGAUGUUUAAAACAAUAAAGUGAUUUUUUGACUGA